CGCGGCUGUUCUGAUGACGCAAUUUGCGUCACAAAUAUUGUGCUCGGAGGGUCCUCAACGCGCAAACCCGAAGUAUACUUUGGCCUUUAGGGUGGCAUUUGGGACAGUGUCGCGUUACGGAAGUGACGAUAAAAACAACGGGACGAGACGGAUCGGAAAAUCUCUACAUGACGAAAACAUCUGCAUUACACACCGCAGAGAAUACAGAUAACUUCACAGGCAAAGUUUUUAUUCGGCGGUCACAGAGGUUUUUGACAUGAGGAGAAUCGCCGUUAAAAAACUUUGCGUUUUUUGUGUCUGCGCGUUUGUGUUUCUGUUUAUAAUCAUAACAUUUCAGGUUGUUGAGCAGUUAGGGCAGUUUGAGCAGACUGCACACAGGAGGCAGUUAACACACAUACGGACUGAAGUGACGAUACCCCGCGGGUCAGCGGUCAAGUACCCUGUCAUUGUGUGGUGGUCUCCAUUGACUGGAGAACUGGGUCGGAUUGCAGAGUGCGGCCAUAACAGAUGUUUCUUUACUGUUAACAAGUCUUAUCAUUCACAUCCAUUGACACAGGCUUUCCUCUUUUAUGGUACAGAUUUCAGCAUUGAAAGUCUUCCUCUUCCGAGAAGCAAGCACCACCAGUGGGCGCUGUUUCACGAGGAAUCACCCAAGAACAACUACAAGCUCUUUCAUGAGAUGCUCAUCAGCCUGUUCAACCACACAGCCACCUUCAGUCAGCACUCUCACCUGCCCCUCACAACACAACACCUGGAGAGCAUCAGCGCUCUCACCAUGCAAACACACCUGCUGCCUCUGGAUUACAAAAACCACCUGAGGAAAACCCUUGCGCCCGUGGUGUACGUUCAGUCAGACUGCGAUCCGCCGUCUGAUAGAGAUGUAUACGUUCAAGAGCUGAUGAAGCACAUUCAGGUAGACUCGUACGGAGAGUGUCUUCAUAAUAAAGAGCUGCCACCCCACCUGAAAGACUCCACUGCCAUGGACCAUCCAGAUUUCUAUCAGAUACUCGCUCAGUACAAGUUCAUCCUGGCUUUUGAGAAUGCCAUCUGUGAUGACUAUAUCACAGAGAAACUGUGGCGACCGCUCAAACUCGGUGUUGUGCCGGUGUACUAUGGAGCUCCUAACGUUCGCAUGUGGUUGCCAAAUAACAGGAGCGCAAUUGUGGUGAACCCCAGUGAAGCGCCAGAGAGACUGGCUCAGUAUUUAAAGAGGUUAGACAGGAAUGACUGGGAAUAUCUCAAAUAUCUGGAGUGGAAGCACAAGCAAGAGGUCUCUAAUGUGAAUCUGGUAAAGGAACUGAAGGAACGUCGUUGGGGAGUUCAGGAUCUCACUCGAGAUAACUUCAUCGAUGUCUUUGAGUGUAUGGUGUGUAACAGAGUCUGGGAAAAUAUCUACAGACAGGACCAGAAACUGCCAUCCAAAGUGUGGCGAGCUGAAGAGAGUCAUCUCAAGUGUCCACCUCCAAAGCUGUUUGACUUUACUGUAAACCCCUCAAACAGCUCAUCUCUACGGCACAUCUGGAGAGCCAGUUUUGAGCAGUCCAGGAGAGAAGCCCGAGCUCUCAGACUCAUGAUUCAGAGGAACACAAACUUCACCGUGGCACAGUUCUGGAGAGAGGUCUUCAAUGACUAAUAACCAGCAGAAAACUGAGAUGACUGACAGACUCCUAUCCUGAGGUCACCAGAACCGGCUGGAUCCAGCUCCAUUCCUGCUUCAUGUUGGACUCCACUGCUACGUGUCGCUGAAUGAUGUUGACUAAAUGCGGCCGGUGCCAGCCAAACAUCACUUCAGUCUAUUGAUGGACUACGAUCUGAAAUGGAAUGCAUAGACUAACAAUUGCCAACAAAAGCCUUCAUCAGCCAAUUAACAAGGACAAUUGCAUCUAUGUGAACUUCUGCAAUUAAUCAAGAUGGACAUCAAAGACAUUAAUCAUUAAUCUUACAGUUCUAACACAAUCAAUGUUUAAACACAGACUCUUAACACUUCCUUAGUUUAAUAAUUUUAAACCAUGACUUUAACAAUACAUAAGUAAUAUGUACAUUAUAUUCAUGAUGUUAGCCAGAGGGGAACUGGCCCCCACAGUGAGUCUGGUUUCUCCCAAGGUUAUUUUUCUCCAUUAAUCAACAUCUUAUGGAGUUCUGUGUUCCUUGCCACAGUCGCCUACAGCUUGCUCACUGGAGUUAUUAAUACAAUAUUUAAUUCUUUACUUUUAUACACAAUUUAAAAUGAUAUUUAAUAAAACUACACAAUGAUGAUUCAUCGACAUUAUAGACAUUACAGUUUUAUCUUCUGUUAAUGCUGAUCUUCUGUAAAGCUGCUUUGAAAAGAUGUGUGUUGUGAAAGGCGCUAUACAAAUAAAAUUGACUUGAC